AUGGACAUGCAAGAAGACAGAAUCACCGCUCGUCUCUCUGCCGCCGCUCACCAUGAGACAAAGGUCACAGACGGCGUAUCUGAUGCCGCUCAGACUGCCACAGUACGGCCUAAUCAGCCCAAGGAACUGGACAUGUUCGCAGAUGAUGACAACGAUGAUAUGUUCGCUCCCGAGCCUACCACUGGUCCCAAGAAGGAAGAUGGCACACAGGCCGUGCGCGUUCCCGAGGCAAAGCAACUGGAUCGCAGUCUGCUCGACGAUUGGGACGAUCCCGAAGGCUACUACCGCAUCAUCCUUGGAGAGCUCCUUGACGAUCGCUAUCAUGUCCAGACUAAUCUAGGAAAAGGCGUCUUCUCUGCCGUUGUACGUGCUAUUGACACCACCACCAACCGCACUGUUGCCAUCAAAAUCAUCCGUACGCAGGAAUCCAUGUACAAAGCUGGCAUGAAGGAGAUUGAGAUUUUGCAAACACUCGCCGAAGCAGACCCUGAGGACAAGAAGCACAUCAUUCGUCUCGAGCGCCACUUUGAACACAAAGGCCAUCUCUGCAUGGUCUUCGAGAACCUGAGUAUCAAUCUCCGCGAGGUUCUGAAAAAAUUCGGCCGUGACAUAGGCAUCAACAUCAUAGCCGUGCGUCAGUACGCUCUGCAGAUGUUCCUUGGUCUCACACUACUGAAGAAAUGUGAGAUUCUGCACGCUGACUUGAAGCCUGACAACGUCUUGGUCAACGAGAGGCGCAAUCAGCUCAAGAUUGCUGAUCUGGGCUCCGCCAUGUCUGCUGACGAGAACGAUGUUACUGAUGCCCUCGUAUCCCGCUUUUACCGUGCUCCGGAGAUCAUGCUCGGAAUCAAGCACGACUAUGCCAUCGAUAUGUGGAGUAUUGGUUGCACGCUUUUCGAGCUGUACACCGGCAAAAUUUGCUUCACUGGCUCGACAAACAACCAGAUGCUGAAAGCUAUCUUGGAAUGUCGCGGCAAGAUCCCAAACCGAAUGCUCAAGAGAUCCGAGUUUUGGUCACAGCAUUUCGAGCCUGAUGGCACUUUCUUGAGCCAGGAAAUCGACAAUGUCACCCGUCGAGAAGUAGUACGUCGCAUGAAUAUCACCAGGACCGUACCUGCCAAAGAGCUCAAGGCACGACUAUUCGCAAGCUCCAAAGGAUUGAGCCCUGCUGAUGCUAAAGAGUUGAAUCUCUUUGCCGACCUCCUGGAUAAGUGUCUUGCUGUCGAUCCCGUGAGAAGGAUCACACCUACGGAUGCGCUCAAACACCCAUUCAUCUCCCGGCCGGGACCCGUUCCUCCUCACAACAUUAGAUAA